ACCGUGUACCGAGCUGACAGCACGCGGGAUGACACCAUGGAGAACACACACACACAAACACACACUCACAGUCCGCUGCCGGUGCUCUAUAAAAACACAGACACACGAACACACGCUCAGCGAGCCACUGAGUGCGGAGGAGAAACUUUCUACCAACCAUCAUGGGCGUCAUCAUCUCACACAUCUUCUCCAGGUUCGCCUCCAAGACACCGGUCAGGAUUUUAAUGGUGGGCCUGGAUGCAGCAGGUAAAACGACUCUGCUGUACAGACUGAAGCUGGCCGAGGUCGUCACCACCAUCCCAACUGUUGGUUUUAAUGUGGAGACAGUGGAGUAUAAGAACAUCAGUUUUACAGUUUGGGAUGUCGGUGGUCAGACUGUCAUCAGACCUCUGUGGAGACACUACUACACUAACACACAGGGUUUGAUAUUUGUGGUCGACAGUAACGACCCAGAGAGGAUUAAAGAAGCUGCUGAUGAGCUGCACGGGAUGCUGGAGGAGUACGAGCUGAGAGACGUGGCUGUGCUGGUUUUCGCUAACAAACAGGAUCUGCCCAGAGCCAUGUCCGUCAGCGACGUCACAACGGCCCUGAACCUGUCAGCGAUCCCACAGAAGUGGUUUGUCCAGGCGUCCUGUGCCAUCAGUGGUACAGGUCUGGUCGAGGGUCUGGACUGGCUCUCCAACCACAUCCUAAAAAAGUAGGAGCUGAUGCGACGCUCCAGUGUUUGCCUUUAUUUUGUUUCCUGCUGCGUCUUUGAACACAUCAGACUGUCUUCUGUGAAUCCAGGAGAAACGCCAGUGAUCCCUCGCUGACUUCAAUCCACCUCGUCACCGAGACAUUUUACUGCUGCGCUCACUGCACACAGAAAAUCCUGUAGAUCUCAGCUUCUCAGCUAAAAUCACAAUUAAAAAGUUGAAAAUUGCUGAAAAAAGAGCGACCAAUGAUGGCAGGAGGUUGCUGCUAAAAAACAAUCGUUUAUGUUUCCAGUAAUUCCUCCAGGACACCAGCCAUCAGAGAUCGUGGGAGAUGAAAUGUUUCAGAGCUGUGGUUCACAACAUUUUUGGCUCGUUAUCUCUUAAAGCUAAUUCCACCUGUGUUCCCUCAUCACAGGUUACCCUAACCCUAAUGUGGAUACGAGCUGUGAUUAGUUCAGCCGAGUGAUUUUCCAUCUUUGCUUGUUUCAUUUGAAAAACUCGAGAAAAAUCAAAUCCAUACUCAUUAUUUUGUGAAACAGAAAGGAGGCAGAUUUUUCUCAGGAUGCCUAUAGAGAUUUUUUCCAAUCUGGUGUGGAAAAAAAAAAUUAACUGCACUGAUUAUCUUCAUCUUUUCAUCUGUUAAGGAAUUCUUUUACCAUAAGCAUUAGCAGAACAUGUGUCAUCUGUCAUUAGUGAUUGUGCACUUGAAAUAAACUUAAGUACAAAUUCUACGUAACACGCAGAAACAUGUAAUCGAGAAGUUUUUUUUUUACGUGUUGCUCUUUGAAUAAUCAGCUCAGAUAUGUCUAUAACUAAUAACUUAUAGCUUAGAAAUGAUAGUAAGCCUUUAUGAAAAUGUCUAUUGUUUAUUUAUUUUAUAUUAAAUUAAAGUUAUUAUGGUGA